UAUGUGCCUGCACCAUGCUUGCGUCCUUCUUGUAGUUGUGUAGUCACUGGUAUCGUGGGCACCCGAGUGCAAAUUUUGCUUCCUCAGGGGACGCUACUACUACUCUCGAACACUACAUGAUUCCACUACAUUAGCCGGAGUACAGUGUAGCUCCCUGUUUAGGCCUUCCGUGAAGAUGUCGCGGCGAGCCUAGCCUGUCCCGCACGGAGGCUGGAGUGGAGACGGUUUGGGCCCCGGACAUGAAGGACGCGGGCCCCUGCCCCUUCCCGGCGCCCGCGGGCGAGGGCGUGGCGCCCAGCACGCGCUGGUGCCUGUGGCACGUGCUGAGCAAGCACCCGGAGGGGCUGCCGUUGGGCAAGCUGGUGCAGCUGGUGACGGAAGAGAAAAAGGAGUUCAACUAUAAGAACCCCACGGGCGCGAUCUCUGGGGAGCUAUCGCGCGACAAGGAGCACUUUUGUAAGGCCGGCGGCGGCCGCUGGGCGCUCAGCGUGUUUGGGCCGUUCGAGGGAGCGGGCGGCAGCGGCGGCGGCGCGCCGCCAUCAGGCGCUGCAGUCGGCGUCAGCACGCGCGCGCACGCGCACGCCGCCACCGCGGUGCCAGGGGCUGCUGGCGGGGAGGGCGGCGGGGAGGCCAUGGACUUGGAUGAGGCAGCAGCCGGGCAUGAGGGCAACGGCGAUGCCAUGACGGGGGAGGACGCCGGCGCUGUAGAAGCCGGCGGUUGCGGCGGCAGCGGCAGCGAUAGUGAUGAUGAUGACCUGCCAAUCGGGGCCGCCGCCGCGGCGGCGGUGGCCGCUGAGGGCGCGGCGGCGGCCGCUGCGGCGGCGGCGACGGUGAAGCGGGCGGCCAGCACAUCAGCAGAGCCCGGGGACGGAGCGGCCGAGGCGGCUGGGGCGGCGGCUGGGGCGGCGGCUGGGGGCGGCAAGGCGCCGCCGCCCAAGCGCCAGCGCACCGACGGCGCCGCCGGCGACGCCGGGGAAGGCGUAGCGGCAGCGCCGCCUGCGGAAGGCGAAGGGGCGGCCGCGGAGGCCGGGGCGGGGCCAGCGGCGCCCACAGCCGCGGUGCCGGUGGCGGCUCCGGCUGCAGCUGGGGGCGGCCGGGGCCGGGGGCGGGGGCGAGGCCGGGGCCGCGGCGCCGCAGCGGCGGCUGCGAGUGGGGACGGCUCGGCGCCGGCGGCACCCGGCGCCCGCUCCUCGGCUCGCCUGGCCAACCGGGGCGGCUCGCAUGACCCAGCGGCGCCGGGCUCAGCGCCCGGCGGCGAGGAGGGCGGGGCGGCGCCGACUGGCCCAGCGGCCGCGGUGCGGCGGCGAAGCACGCGCACGAGCGGCAGCGCCGCGGCGGCGGGCGGGCCUUCGCCUCCGCCCUCCGGCGUGGCCGGAACGGGGGCGAGCGGGGAGGCGGCGGACGCGCAGCACGCCACCUCCAUGGAUGCAGACGGCGGCGCUGCGGUCCUGGGGGCCGAGGAGGGCGGCGCGGCGGCAGGCGGCGGCGUGGCGGAGCACCGGCCGCGGCGCGGGCGGCACUCGGCGGCCGCGACGACGGCCGCAGGCCCCGCGCCGGAUGGGCCUGCGGCGGCGGCUCUGGCGCGUGCGGCGGCGCGUGCAGCGACGAAGCGGGCUCAGGCUGGCAGCGUGGAGGGGGUGGCGGAGGGCGAGGCGGUCGGCAGCGGCGGCGGCAGCGCGGGCGCGUCACGGGAGCCCUCUCCGGACGGCCACGGUCGCGGUCGCGGUCGCGGCCACCACGCCGCCCAGCAGCACCACGGAGGGCACCCCCACAACACGCCCGCGACCGCCGGCGCACCGCAGGCUGCAGGCACCGCGUCGCCGCAGGCCGGCGAUACCACCACGCCCGCGGCGGCUGGCGCCGCGCCUGCAGGCGCGGCCGGCAACAACACCAGCAUCGCCGCCAGCCGCCCGCGCCGCGCCGCCGCCUCGCGCAAGCCCGCGGUGAUUGACGCCCCAGACACGGACGAGGAGGAGGAGGAGCAGCAGCAGCACUCGGCCUCGGAGGUGGGCAGCGACGUCGACGACGCAGCACUCGAGGCCGCCAGCGGCGCGCCCGCAGAGGAGGGCGGCGCGGGGCCGCGCGGUCGCAAGCGGCAGAAGCGCGGGCCGGCCCCCGGUGAUGCCGGUGCGGAAGCAGGCGCAGGCAGUGGUGCCGCAGCUGCGCCGGCCAGGCCGCGACGCGGGCGGCCGCCCGCUGCUGCCACGGCCGCGGCCGCCGCGGCCGCUGCUGCUGCCGCACCUGACGGCUCCGCCACGCCCGCAGCGAAUGCAGGCGUUGCCGCACGCCGCGGCGGUGCCGCUGGCGGUGACAGUCGGGACCCGUCGCCCACCAAGCGCGCAGGCGCCGCCGCCGCGGCCGGUGCCCGCCGCCCCGGCCGGCCCUCUGCUGCCGACAAGGACAAGGACAAGGACAAGGAGCACAAGGACGACAAGCCCGCGGAGGGCAGCCCGCCAGCUGGCGGCGCCGGGGCGCCCGCCAGCGGCGGCCGCCUCACGCGGCAACAGGCGCAGGCAGCUGCUGCAGCCGCGGCGGCUGCGGCUGCGGCAGCUGCGGCGGCUGCGGCGGCAGGAGACGAGGUCCAGCAGGAUGAAGGGGACGCUGCAGAGGACGCUGCCGCUGCUGAAGGUAGCACGCCGCUUGCUGCUGCUGCUGCAGCUGCACCAGCUACGAAGGCGCAUGCCAAGCCUGCAGACAAGGGCGGGAGCGAGCCCGCAGGUGCCGGUGCGGCGGCCGGCUCUCCCUCAGCGCCCCCCAUGCCCACCCGCACCCUGCCCGUGCGCGAGCACGCGCCGCCGCCCCAGGCCCCGCCCAACUCGGCCUCCGCGCUUGCGCGCAAGGCGCUCGCGGCAGCUGCGGCAGCCGGGCGCGCCGCCGGCGCAGCUGCCGGCGCCGCCGUGGUUGCGGCCGCCGGCGCGGCCGCCGCCGUCGUCAUGCGCAAGCCCGCCGCCGCGGGCGAGGCAGGUAAGGCGGAGCCAAGGGCCACCGCUGUGAAGAAAGAGCCGGCGGCGGGCGCCAAGGACGCCGUGGCGGCCGCCGGCGCUCCCGUCAAGCGGGAGGCUGCGGUCAAGAAGGACGCCGGCGCAGCGAUACUUGGGCAGUUACCAGCAGGUGCAGCAGCAGGGGCAGCAGCGGCGGCGGCGGCCGGUGACACCGGUGCCGGUGCAGCGAAGCCGAAGCCUGAGGAUGCAGCUGCUGCUGCGCCAGCGGCAGCGGGCGACGGCGAGGCGGGGGCGGCAGCGCCUGCUGGAGAGGCAGCGGUGAACGGGCUAGGCACCGCCUCGGCCCCGCUGCCGCCGGCGACGCAGCCGGGAGCCGGCGGCAGUAGCGCCAGCCUGCCGCAACUGCCGCAGGCGCUAGCGCCGCGGCUCAACCUCUCCCGCCCGCCGACCAUGGUCACCGCCAAGCUGCGCGCGGCGCCGUCUGCACAGCUGCCGGCGCGCGCCGCCUUGGGCCCAGCUCCGUCGGGUGCGGCUGUGCCUGCGGCAGGCGGGCCUGGCGGCGGCGCGGGGCUGGCGGCGGCGUCGGCGCCCGCCGACGCCGCGGCUGCGGCGGCCGGCACCGCGCCUGUCACUGCGGGCGCAGCCGACGCGCCCGCGCCGCCGCCAGGCGACGCGGACGCCAGCAUCCCGGCCGCCGGCAUUGCAACCGCCGGCGGCGGUGCGGCGGCGGCCGCCAUGGACGCCGGCGGCGAAACUGGCGCCGCCAGCCGCGGCGCCGCCGCCGGCCUUAGCCGCCCCGGCAGCUCCACCAACCUCGCCGACGCCGGCGACGCAACGCCCGAACCCGACGGCUUCCUCGGCGGCGGUGGCGGUGGCGGCCUGAUUGACGACCUGUACGACGGCGGCGCGGACGGCGGCGGCGCCGUCGCGCAGCCCACCAUGCUGCCGCGCGCCGUCCUGGGUCUGGACUCGGCUGGCUACGCCCGCCUGCUGUGUGAACUGCGGCGCGGGCUGCUGCUACCGUCCUUCGUGCCCUUCCGCCGCCUGCGCGGCGGCAUCUGGCUAGACGGCGCCGCCGUGCAUUGGGAGCUGCGGGCGGCCCGCGAGGCGGCGGCGGCGCGCGCCGCUGCAGCUGCGGCAGCGGCCGCAGCCGCCGGGGAAGAGGCGCCGCCACCCCCGCCGCCGCCCCCGCCGCCGUGCGGUGGCGAUGCCGCCGCGCCGGCGACUGUUGGCGCGGAGGCGGGCGCCUCGGCACCGGCGGCGCCGCCGGCGCCGCCCGCUAACCCGAUGGCGGCGUUGCGCUCCCGGCUGGGUGACUGGGGCUGCGCCCGCUUCUGCGACGCUCCGCCCCCGCCACCACCGCCGCUGCCGCCGCCCUGCGACGACGACGCCGACGGCCCGCCGCCGCUGCCGACGGAGGCGAUGCCGCCUGGCGGCUCCGACGACGGCGCCGCCGCCGCCGGCGGCCGCAAGGGCCAGCGCCGCACGCCGCUCUUCGCCUACGGCACGGACCUUGGGCAAGGGCAAGGGCACCGCAGCGCCGCUGGCGGCGCCGAUGCAGCUGCCGCUGACGGCGGCGGCGAUGGCAGCGGGCGCCCGGCGCGCCGUGCGCCGUACCUGCUCUCAGGCGGCCGCCGCCAGGGCGGCGGAGCCGCCGCCACCCAGCCCUCCGCAAGCGCGGGGACAGGUGGUGGCGGUGGCGACGACGCGGGCGGCAGCGAGGACGAGGACAUGAGUGUAGAUGGCGCCCGCGGCGGCUCAGCGGCGGCGGCGGGCCGGCCGCCGCGGCCAGGGGUGGACGGUUCGACGGGCGUUGGGGCGCGGCGCGCACCGCGGACACUGCUGCCUUCCAGCUUCACCACGGCGUCAGCCUCGGGCGGUGCGGGCGGCACCAGCCAAGGAGCGCGUGACCGUGCCGCGUCAGCAGAGCCGGACAGCAACCACAGAGGGGACAGCGCCUGGGAGGCCCGCGACCGCGACCGCGACGGCGGCUGGCGCGACCGGCCCGAGCGCGAGCGGUCGCGCGAGCGCGGCGGCGGCAGCGACGACCGGGACCGCGACGCAGGCGGUGGCGGCGGCCGCAGCAGUGGCGGCUACCGGGAGCGGGACAGGGAGCGGGAACGCGAGCCGCUGCCGCCGCCGCGUGAGCGGUCGCGCGAGCGCGGUGCCGGCGGCGGUGCGGCGGCAGCCCGUGGGCGCGAGCGCUCGCGGGAGCGGGAGGCGGUGCCGCCGCCGCGGGAGCGCUCGAGGGAGCGGCCCGGCGCAACGCCGGCAGCUGUGUUGAACCGGGACGCCAUCCGGUCCCGGGAGCGGCGGCUGGAUGCGCAGGCGGGGCGGCCCGCGGCGGCGCCGCCAGCUGCGGAAGGCCCCGUGGUCAUCCGCGCCCCUACCGUGAACCCCUCCAUCCGCGACGUGUCCCGCCUGUUCAAGUGCGGCGUGCUGUUCAACUACUCCAACGACACCAUGCACGAGGUCAUGCGCGGCGGGCGCUUCGGCUCCAACGACCGAGACACCAUGCAGAACAUCGUGUCCAGCACGCUGGUGUUCUUCUGGAACUUCGACCGCCGCCUGCUGCACGGCCCCUACUGCAAGGCCACGGGCGAGGGGCUGGAGAUGUAUCGCUCGUCGGACUGGAGGUUCAAGUUCGCGCUCAAGUUCGAGAAGGUGGCUCGCUUCCCCGGCGGCCUGCCCGAGCGCGAGGCGCUGCGUGCCGGCCUGACGCUCAUGGACAGCGCGCGGCGGCUGAUGAGCACAGAGCUGCGCAUGGCCGUGUGCGAGCGACUGUACCGAGCCUUCGAGGAUGAGGACCUGCGCCGGCAGCGUGAGAAGCAGUACAAGGAGCAAGCCGACGGCGGCGGCGGCGCAGCCGGCGGCGGCGGCGCGCCAGCGCCCAGCGGCAGUACUGCAGACGGCGACACCGCCGGUGGCGGCGCCGCCGCCCCCGCCACGACCACGGCCGGCGGCGGCGGAGCCGACGGCCCUCCGUCGUCCCGUGGCGGCGGCGGCGGCGGCGGCGGCGAUGCUCGCGGCUCGGUGCCGCCCGCUGACGUGGACAGUGGCCGCGACCGCCUCCGAGACCGGGGCGACCGGGAGCGGGAGGGCUACCGCGAUGGCGGCGGCAGUGGCGGAGCCGGCGGCGGCGGCAGCGGCAGUGGCGGCGGUGGUGGUGGUCGGGACCGAGAACUCCGCGACAGGGCCGGCGGCCGCGGUGGCGACCGGGCAGGAGAGCGCGGGGCGGACCGGGAGCGGGAGGCAUACCGGGACCGCGACGCGCGUGACCGGGAUGUGCGGGACCGCGACCGUGAUGGGUCCGGCGUGUACCGUGACAGGGAGCGGCCGGAGCGGCUCGAGCGGUCCGAUCGCGAGUACCGUGACCGUGGUACAGAUCGGGAGCGCGGCGGCGGUGGAGGCGGUGCAGGUGGAGGCGGAGGCGGAGAGCGCUCGGAGGCUCGGGGCGCCCAUGCCGGCGGUAGUGGCGGUGGCGGUGGCCGAGACAGGGAGCGGGAGCGUGACCGGAUACUUGCUGAGCCGGAUUAUGCCGUCGGCGGCGGCGGCGGCAGCACCAGCAGCGGCGGCGGCGGCGGCGAAGGCGCCUUCCGAGAUGCACGUGACCGGGACCGGGAGCGGGAUCGCGACCUAUCCAGCGGCCGCGCGCGCUCACGUGAGGCCAGCACGCCGCCGCCGCGCAGCGUUAGCAUGGGCGGCGCGGAGGAUGGCGGCGGAGGCGGCGGUGGCGGCGGCGGGUUAGGCGCCGGGGGCGACAGCAUGCAGCUGCGCGCGCGCAGCGGCUCCGUCAGCGCCGCCGCCGUCGCCGCCGUCGCCGCGGAUGCCGGCGGCGAAGAUGCCAUGGAGGUGGACGGCGUGGUGGAGGGCUAUGGCGGCGCGACGGCGGCGGCGGCGGUAGCGGCGCCGCUGGACCGGGAGCUGCGCGACUCGCGGCCCAUGCCGCCGCCGCCGCGGGAGCGCUCGCGCGAGCGGGGUGCUGCCGACCGCGCUGAGGGCCGCGGUGACGUGCGUGACGGCCCCGCGCCGCCUCGGGAGGGCCGGGAGGGCCGGGAGCGGGACGUGUCGCGGGAGCGCGACGGCGGAGGCGGAGGCCGGGACCGCCUUGACCGGGAGCGAGACCUGCGGGACCGAGAGCGGGACCGCGAACGCGAUCGGGACAGGGAGCGCGACCGGUCCCGGGACCGAGGCGGUGGCGGCGGCGGCGGCGCUGGUGGCGGUGCCGGCGGUGGCGGUGCCGGCAGCGGGGGCUACCGGGAACGCGACUUGGCCAGGGACAGGGAGCGGGACCGCGAUCGGGAGCGGGACAGGGAGCGCGACAGGGACCGCGGCGGCGCUCCGGGCAGCAGGGAGGCGGAGCGGGAGGCGCGGGAGCGGGAGGCACGUGAGCGCAGCUGGCAGGCGCGCGGCCUGACGCGCCGGGAUGGGCUGGAGCGCGCCACCGACCGCGGGGACCCCCGCGACCGGGACCGGGAGCGGGACCGUGUUGAUAGGGCUGACCGAGAGCGCGGCGGUGGAGGCGGCGGCGGAGGCGGCGGCGGGCGCUAUCGUGAUGAUGGCCGGGAUGGGCGUGGAGGAGCUGCAGGAGCAGGCGGCGGCGGAGGGAGGGAGCGGGACGGCGGUCGGGAAGGAGACUACACCGAGCGGCGGGCGGAGCGCGGCGGCAGCGGCACCUGGGAGGUCCGCGACGGCGCCGCUGGUGGUGGAGGUGGGGGCAGCGGGCGCCGUGAGCGGUCGCGGUCCCGGGAGCGAGACAGCGCACUCGGGCAGCGGGCGGGCUCACUCCGUGCUGCUGCUGCUGGCGGCGGCGGCGGCGGCGGCGGCAGUGGUGCAGCAACCCUAGGCCGCGACGACCGCCCUGCAGCGGAGCGUGCUGGCGGCGCCUCCACCCCCAAUGCUGGCGGGGGCGGCGGCGGUGGAGCGCAGGUGUCGCCGGGCGCACCUAGGGCGGCGUCCGGCGCCGGUGGCGCGCAGCCGGCCGCCGCAGCAGUUGGCGUUAGCAAGUUGGGCGCCGGCUCUAGAUCUACGUCGUCCAGUGGCAGCUCGUCAUCUGACAGCAGCUCGGAUUCGUCCAGCUCGGAUUCGGAUUCCAGCUCCUCCGACUCCGGCAACUCAGCGGGCGCCGCCGCCGCCACCGGUGUCAGCGGCGCGCCGGCUGCUGGCGCGGAGCCGCCGUCGCCGCACCAUCAGCAGCAGCAGCACACUCCGCGAAGCGGCUCCGCCGCCAAUCCGGCUCCGCUGCCUGUACCUGCACAGGCCGGCCUACAGGCCGGUCUGCAUGCCGUGCCGCAGGGCGCGGCGGCAGAGGGCGCCACGCCCACGUUUCCGCCGGCCGCGGCGGCGCAGCCAGGCGCUGGACCGUCGGCCGCGGGUGGCGUGGAAGCGGGGAGCACGGCCGAGCCGCCGGCAGCGGCUGCGGCUGCGGCACAGGGUGCUGCCGGCCAUGGCAGUGGCGGCGGUGGUGGUGCUGGAGGUGCAGGUGGUGGCGGUGGUGGCGGUGGUGGUGGUGAGGGUGAGGACGACAUCUGGGGUGAGCUCGACGACCUGACCAGUUUGGGCACGCUUUGAGUGCGGCGCACUCCUUGCGCGUUCUGUAGCAAGCGCGGCGCCAUCACAGGUCGUGAGCGGGGCCGGCGGGCUGGGGCAGCCAGGUGGGGUGUUCCCAGCAGGCACCGGGGCAUGCAAGCGGAGUGUAGACAUGGGCCUACAUGGGUUAGGCUAGCGCAGGGGCUCGUGUGGGUACCUGUAAUUGUAUAGGCGCGCGACACAUGUGACGCGCGAUCACGCGACGGGUGUACUGUACUGGGAAAGUGGAUGGAGGAGGUAGAGGGAGCGGUUCCCAUUUGCAAAUGACCCCAAAUCACGCUGUCCGGCCUAGGUCCAUGAUGUGAGGCGCUGUCAGACCUUGACACCUAGUCUGUUCAGCGCUAGCCAUCUUACACCGUUCCGGUUGUCGCCUGUUCUAGGCAUAGGCCAAACACAUUGUUACUUCGUGUGGGCGUGCGGUGAGCGCGGGAGACUGGACAGUGACGGUCUGCUGGCGAGGGUGAGCUGCGCUCAACAGGCAAGGCGACAGACUGUCGUUCAUUAUUGUGACAAACUUACAGUUCCAGCUGCAAGGCGCGAAGACGCUGAUGAUUCCAAUAGACGCA